CGGGCCUCGCAGGAGCCCUAGUUACAAGUUAGUAAUAAGAGCACCAUGCUACCCUGCCGAACCACUCCACCUUUUUUGUAGGCAGUUUUUUUUCUACUGCUCGCUUGGAAAAUCCGCAGCAACGACGAAGAAAAUGAUACCCCUAGUCCUCAACACAUUUUAAAAAUGGCGAUCUACCCUAGAAUCAACGGAAUUCGCUCGGUUUCUUAUCUUUUAAACCGCCUGAAAACCCUAAUUUCUAACCAACAGAGGUGGAAACAUACUUCCGAGACGGUGAUGGAGAUCAACCAAGUCGAAGCUAUGGUUAUGACUCCUUCGGAUAAAGCUUGGAAGACCGUUGACUCAAGGACUUUUGGGAUUAAAAAGGAAUCAAUACUACCUUCUAUAACGGUGGUUCUAAAAACUCUUCAAACAAAUGGGUAUGUAGCAUAUCUUGUUGGAGGGUGCGUAAGGGAUUUAAUUCUGAAAAGAACACCGAAAGAUUUUGAUGUAAUUACCACUGCUAGUCUAAAACAGAUUAAAAAGCACUUUCGUCGAUGUAUUAUUAUAGGGCGUCGAUUCCCUAUAUGCCAGGUUUACAUUUCCGGCAAUGUUAUUGAGGUUUCUAGCUUCAACACUAUUGCUAGAAGUGGAGAUAAACAAAAAGAAAUUAUUUUACCUAAAAAAUCAAGUAAUUGUAAUAACAGAGAUUUAGCAUGCUGGAAGAACUGCAUGGAGCGGGAUUUUACAAUUAAUUGUUUGUUCUUUGACCCAUUCAAAUUCAAAAUCUAUGACUUUGUUGGUGGUUUAAAAGAUUUAAGGGCAUCCAAGGUGCGUACAGUAAUUCCACCUCAUUUAGCCUUUAAAGAGGAUUGUGCCAAAAUUCUCCGUGGCAUGAGAAUAGCAGCACGCUUGGGUUUAAAAUUUUCCAAGGAAACAGAAACUGCAAUACAAGAUUUGUCUUCAUCCGUACUCACUCUUAACAAGGAAAGAUUAAUGCUUGAAAUGAAUUUUAUGAUGGCACAUGGAGCAGCUGUGUCCUCUAUUAAUUUACUUGAGAGAUUUAAACUGCUUGAAAUAUUGCUCCCUGCUCAGGCUACUUAUCUGGCAUCUCAAAGUAAUAACCUAUCCGCUCAAAUGCCUAUCAUGUUGAUGGAAUUGUUAAUGAAUGCUGACAAACUGCUUAGAGCUGACCACCCAUGCAGUUGCAAUUUAUGGCUAGGAUUGUUGGCUUUUCAUCUGGCUUUGGUACAUAAUCCUCAAGACUCUCUUGUUAUUUGGACUUUUUCUUCUAUACUGUACCAUGGGACAUGGAAUGAAGCUGUGGCAUAUGUUAGAGGAAGCUCCGAUAAUCUCAUUCACUUCGUUCCUGAAAUUUUAUCAUCCUCAGUAGCUAAAGCAGACGAACUUCUUUUAGAAGAAACUUCACGGUUUGCAUCACUGGUAAAGUCUUCCAUUAAAGCUUUAACUGAUUCAGAGGUUCUUCAACAAUCAUUGGCCAAAUACAAUCCUCCAUUAUCAGCUCAAGCGCUGAUUUUUGUUUCUCCAAACAUGGGGAGGAAAGUAUCAAAACUCUUUGAUGUUGAUAUUUGCAUAAACGGUCAUUGCAAGGAGGAAGACAAUUCAUCCAAAGCAAAGAAAGCAGAAAAUCUCCAUUCAAAAAAGGGGAGAGAGAGGCAUGAGAUAAACUAUGAGCUGCUCAAGAAAGGGGAUUUGAAUGAAAGCAGAAUUGUGCUUGGAAAAAUCAUUAUGGAUACUAUGAAAGGUGCACCAAUUUCUGAAGCUGGUGAGAGGAUGAUUGAAGGGGAGAAUAAAAUAGUUAGUUUAUCAUCAUUGUUUUAAUAAAAUAUCGAUAGAACAAAGUAUUGGUAGAGUGAUGAAAUUGUCAAAAAAAUAUUUCUCUUAAAAGGUUGGAAUGGGCUGAUGGACUGAUUAUUUUGAAA